GCCGGUCGCACUGAGCGUCCGUCACGCGCCCGAGCUCGAUCACCAGCCACAGUCGCGCCGCGUUUUUCCGUAUGUCCAUCUCCGUAGCGUAACACAACGCCAGCACCACCAUCGUCAUCACCACCACUACAAAAAUAAAAAUAUACAUUAUUCUCCCCCCCCCGCCAUUCCAGGAGUCAAAAGCGCCCCCUCACCCUCUCCUACAACUGCACGCGCAUCGCCACGACCGCGACCACUACUCGCACCCUCAACCGCCACUGCACAGGAAACUCGAUCGCGAUCUUCGCUUCGAGAUCCUGAGUGCAUAGCGCCAUAGCUGCCCGUCCGACCGUCCUGCAUCACGAGGACUGCACUUUGGGCACAGCGGCCACGGUCAUCAUCAACGUUCCGCGUCGUCGCCGUCCGCGGUCAUCGUUGUGAUGUGCACCGGCAGUUGGUGAUCACGCGCGUGCGGUUACACGGGGAGUCGCGGCGUGGUCGGUACGCAUAGUCGACGCUCGGUCAAGGUGGAUACGGACGCGACGCUCGCGACGGCCGACCAAGUCGGACCGGCUGCGGCGGGAGACGGCGGCACAACCGGCAGCAAACUGCACGCUGCAAUCGUAGCGUCCGUCGCGGCGUCGCCGCAGAAGUUGGCCACUACCAUCAGGGGCUUCUGGAACUCGUCCGCGGGUCCGGCUGCUAACUCGGUUCUGGGUCUGGGAUCAAUCAUGGUGAGUUCCAUCAUCGUUUCAUCGGGGGAGGUCGUGUAAUGUGAUAUCAGAACCUUCACCAUGGAACCAUCAGGGAAUCCACUAUUUCGGUGUUGGAGCGCUGUGGGCACGUUCCAAGUGCCACUUAUUAAUUUAGAAGUCAACGAGUUAAAGGAAAUACUAUGGGAGAAGAUUCAAGAGCCAGUUAUUCAAAGAAGACUGAUCCUAGUAAUCGUGUCUAUAGCAUUGUUGUUGGACAACAUGCUAUACAUGGUAAUUGUGCCAAUCAUACCAGAUUAUUUGAGGUACGUAGAUUCUUGGGGUGAAAUCCCCACGGGAGUAAACUUUACGGAUGAUCCGAUCACCCCACCUGCCCACCAUGGACAAGAUUCAGCAACUGGAGUAUUAUUUGCAUCCAAAGCAAUCGUACAACUCAUGGUGAAUCCAUUUUCUGGUGCUCUAAUCGAUCGGAUUGGAUAUGACAUACCAAUGAUGAUUGGCUUAUCCAUUAUGUUCCUAUCCACCUCGAUAUUUGCAUGCGGAAGAAGUUAUUCCGUCCUUUUCAUAGCUAGAAGUCUUCAAGGAGUCGGAUCUGCAUUUGCUGAUACUUCUGGCUUAGCAAUGAUAGCUGAUCGAUUUACCGAAGAAAAUGAAAGAGCUCAAGCAUUAGGGAUCGCAUUAGCAUUCAUCAGCUUCGGUUGUCUAGUAGCACCACCUUUUGGGGGCGCUUUAUAUCAAUUCGCUGGUAAAGAAAUUCCAUUCCUUAUACUAGCAUUCGUUUGUCUUGUUGAUGGUUUAAUGCUACUCCUCGUUAUGAAACCCAUAAAACAACAACUCAAAGAACAAAAACAUUUGAAAAAAGUUCCAACCAUACCCAUAUGGAAACUCUUUAUGGACCCUUAUAUUGCUGUAUGCUCCGGAGCCUUGAUGAUGUCAAACGUUGCACUUGCAUUUUUAGAACCUACUAUAUCACUCUGGAUGGAAGAUCACAUUACUCAUGACAACUGGAAAAUGGGGAUGAUAUGGCUACCCGCAUUUUUCCCACACGUGUUUGGUGUAAUACUGACAGUAAAGCUAUCGAAAUUGUUCCCGAACUAUCAAUGGCUUAUGGUGGCUAUUGGAUUAUCUCUCGAAGGCCUUAGUUGCUUAAUAAUUCCUUUUUCAACCUCAUACAAAGUUCUAAUGAUUCCUAUCUGCAUUAUAUGUUUCGGAAUUGCGUUAGUGGAUACAGCUAUAUUGCCAACCCUUGGGUACAUUGUAGACGUCCGAUAUGUUUCAGUUUAUGGUAGUAUUUACGCGAUUGCCGAUAUUUCAUACUCAUUAGCUUAUGCCAUUGGUCCUAUAGUGGCUGGUGAAGUGGUAGAAAUGAUUGGUUUCACUUGGCUGAAUGUCAUCAUAGCUGUUUCCAAUUUAGCAUACGCUCCGGCAUUGAUGAGGCUUAGAAAUAUUUAUGACUUCAAGCCAUUCCAGAAUGAGGCAAAUAUACUUAUGGCUGACCCUCCAGAUAAAGAAUAUCAAACAUAUGCCAUGCAAGAACAACCCAUACCAGUUAAUAGCGAGUAUAGUAGAAUGGAAGGACACUCAGAAACUGAUAUGGAUGGCCAUGUAGCGAUCGAAAAUGAAAAUGCCACAUUCCAUCAAUCGCAGGACACCAAUCCUUUUAGAAGAUCAUCUCAACCAGCACAGGAUAGGAAUCCAUUUAGGCAACAGCAUUGAAAUGCUUAAACGAGGAAACUAUUGAUCUGUAUUAAAAUAGAAGGUGAGAUGAUUAAUAGUAUCACACAUUACCGUUUUUAAAUGAAUAGUUUCUCGGGAAAAAAAAGACUUAAUACAAAUUAUAUGUGUAGACUAAGCAAUAUUAUAUCGAGUAGCAGUCAUGUUUAAAAUUAAUGGUGGAAAAAACCCAUUAUUCUAUAUGGUCUAUAUCGUUCCUUAUUUGUUUUUUGGUAAUGAAAUAUUGAUUGAGUGUUAAUGGGAAAUAUGAAUAUUUAGAAUAUUUAUAAUAUAAUUACUUUAUUAAUAAUUAUGAUUAUUAUUAUAGCUGGUAUUCAAUAUAUUUGAAUAUUUCAUUUUUACAAUUUUAAAUCAUAAUUGUGCAUCAGCUAUUAUAAAUUAUUUAAUGAUUAAUACAUUUAAUUAACAUAACACUUAAUUUAUAUAGAACAAAAUAAUAAUAAGUUACUAUUAUAAGAAGAUUUAACAUGUUUAUUUGCAUCGAUGCAUUUAAAUAAUAAAUAACUAAAUUUAGUUUUGGAUCAUAUAUUUUAAUAAAUAUAAAUAGCAUACAAAAAUUAAGCUAGACAAUUAAAGACACUCUAUAUUAUCUAAAUAAUUUCUAUUGAAACACCAAAGCAUCAUCAAUUGACAUCAUAUUGUUUAAUAUAAUCAUUAAACAUGUUAGUUGUUACCUAGUACAGUAUUCUAUUUAAAUCCAGUGCAAUAUUCAUCAACUUUGUAUCGCAUAAACUACGUCUAUUUAAAAUUAACAUUACUUAUAUUACCUAUUUAACAAUAGUUAUACAUCGAAUAAACAAUACUGACAAGAAACAUAAAAUAUGAAUAAUACUUAUUUUACUUUAAAACUAAUUUUUUAGUGAUACACUUCCCACGAAAAAAAAUUAAAAUUAUUCAAUACAUUUUACUAAUUUACUAACAACUAUUUUAAAUUUACAUUAUACAAAUUGAAUGUUAAUAUCAUAAUUUACGUAUAUAAAUAUACUAAUUUUAGAUCACUUUUUUAAAUAAUUAAAAACUAAACAUUCUAUUAUAUUUUAAGUAAAUUAAAGGUAAAACUAACUUAAUAAAUGACAAAUUCUGUAAAAAAACAUCAACGUAUAAAAAAUAUCACAUAAUUUUCCGUUAAGUUAAAUUAUUUAGAUUUUAAUGUUUACCCAUUAACCAUCGGGCAUUGAAUAAAAAUGUUCGUAUAUAUUUUCUUAUUUUCCAUAGUUCUAAUAAUAUUUGUAAUAACACAUUGUUAUGAACAUUAAGAAACAGAACUAUGAAAAUUAAUAAAAUAUUACAUAUCACUUUUCAGCGUUAAACAGUUAAUAUAUAUAUAUAGCAUAUAUAUAAAUAAAUUAUAAAUAUUUCGUACUUUCAUAAUGCUCAAAAAUUACCAAAACAUAUCAACAGAAAUUAAAUUUGAAGAGUUUCAACUCGUGAAAUGUAUUAUUACGCAAACACAAUUAUACAAUUUCAAAUUACAUAUCCAUGUGAAAAGUCGAGCUUGUAAUGUUAGCUUCACGUAUUAUAAUACUAUAAUAUAAAAUCUAUUAAAUUUAAUCGGUAUAGACUACUUACAACUUAUUUGCCUUAACCAUUUUCAAGUAUCAAUUAUUAUUUGUUAUAUUAUUAGGUAAUAGGUAUACAUUAUUAGUUCAUAAGUAUAUAAGUAGAAUAAGUAGAUAUUAUAUAAUUAUCUUAAGGGGUAACCAAUCAUAUCAACACAUAUCAUUAAAUACUAAGUUGUACAUAAAUUAGCAAUACUAAUUACUAAUAAUAAACAUGUACAAAAAUGUUUAUUUUUAUUAUUUUUUUUUUAUAUAUUAUAUACAUUUUAAUAUUAUUAUUACUAUAAUAAUAUUUACACUUAAUCGUGUAAGCAACCAAGUUCAUACAUAUCAUAAAACCAAAUUCGAUACAUAUCAUUGGUCGAAAUUAUUGUUAGUUAAGGACUAUAUGUUAAGGAUUAUAGGUUAAGAACAACUAUAUUAAGAAUAAUUAAAUAUAGAUUGAUGUUUACUUAGACUAUAUUAACAUUUACAGUGAACUAUGAUUUCACAUUUUAUUUAAUUUUAAUUUUUGUCUUUACCUUGUAAACAAUUUAAAAAAUAAUAUAGGUACUUAUAAUCGAUGACUUUAGCUAUUCGUCUACGUCCGUCUCGUAUUAAUAAAUCUAUUUUAUUGCAUAGAAACGUAGAAUAUUGCAGUAAGUAUUGUUAAACAAAUUAACUAAUUAUAAUAUCAAUGUGUUUUUAUGAAAUUAAAUUCCUAAAAUUAAUUUUUCGUAAAUGGUUUGAAACAUUGUUUGAUUUAUUGAAUGUCAAACUUAUUAAGUUGUUACCAAUUUCAUCAGUUUUUAUUAUUUUGAUUAAAUUAUAAAAAAUAUUAUUAAGUCCUUCUUGUUCUUUUUUAUUAUUAUUGUUUCAUUAUGUUUAAUGUUAAAAUAUAUUAAUGAAAACAAUUAUGUAUUUAAGCAAACACUAAACAAUUGUAUUUAUUUAUUAUUUAGGACUACUCUGUUUUCCAUUAGUCUAAACAUGUUAGAUAAAAUAAAUCUUAAUUUUUAAUGAAAAUAACUAAUUUGUUCUCAUUAAAAAAUACGAUUGUAAAUAUUAUGGCAAAGUACUAAUGGUAUAUUUAUAGGUUACUAAUACACUUCUUUGUAUGAAUAAUAUUAUUAUUAUUAUUAUCUAGUUGUUAUUUAAUCUUGUUGAAAUUUAUAACCAUGUCAUUAUUGUAAUUUAAUACAAAUAACAGUUAAUACAAUUAUUACACUUGUUUACUGUUAUAAAUUAUAAUCCUAGAGACUAGAAUGUUAAAAUAAGUAGUAGUAGAUUACAAAAAGCUUGUUUCGUGAACAAUUAGUCAGCCAUUAAAAUGUUUUUUUGAUCAUGAUUUUAUAUUGUUAUCUGACCUGAAUAAAACAUUAUAUUACAUAAAAAAAAUUGGUUUUUAGUUU